AUGGCUUUCCACACUCGCUCUAACAGCUUCCCCUCAAGGCCACACCCGAUCGCUCAAGAAGUUGAUGAACUUUUGUGCAGAUUGAGGUCUUCUGAGGCCACCUCUACAUCUUCAUCAUCCAUCAGCCACAAGCUAAAUGGUUUACAAGAUUUGCAAGAUUGUGUUGAUAGGCUGCUUCAGUUGCCCCUCAAUCAACAAGCCUUAGCCCAAGAGCAGAAUGAGAAAUACACUAAUGAGCUAUUAGAUGGCUCUAUCAGACUGUUGGAUGUUUGUGCCAUUGCCAAGGAUGCCGUCUUGCAAACCAAGGAAUGCAUAUUGGAUCUUCAAUCAAUUAUACGAAGAACACGAGGAGGUGAAUCUGGAGCCCUCACAAGUGACGUUAACAAAUACUUAAGCUCCAGGAAGAUUUUGAAUAGGGCAAUUCAAAAGGCUUUGAAGGAUCUAAAGGGCAUUAAAAACCGAUCCACCUUAUCUUCCCUCAACAAGGACCAAGAGACUAUUGACAUUGUUAUUAAGUUGAGAGAUGUCGAAACAGUCACCAUUAUGGUGCUUGAAUCAGUACUGUCCUUCAUCUCCGGGCCAAAGUCAAAGCCAAGCAGCUGGUCAUUGGUCUCCAAGAUGAUGCACUUGACAAAAGUAGCUUGUAAGGAAGAAACAGAAGUAAAGUGGAUGCUGCACUCAAGACAAGCAAAUUUGAUCCCCAAAACCAGCUUGAAAAUCUGGAGUCAUGCAUUCAAGAUCACAAAGAACGACUUUAAAGCCUAUUUAGGCAGUUGA